GAGGUGUUUGUGUUGAGUUAUUUCCAUGGCUGUGCCAUCAUUCUCCUCUUCCUUCACCUACGACGUGUUCCUCAGCUUCAGAGGAGAAGAUACUCGUUACAGUUUCACCGGCAAUCUCUACAGAGCCCUUCGUGACAGAGGAAUUCACACCUUCAUCGACGACGAGAAGCUUCCCAAAGGAGACGAAAUCACCUCUGCACUUGAGAAGGCAAUCGAAGGUUCCAGAAUUUUCAUCAUCGUUUUCUCUCGCAACUACGCCUCUUCCUCCUUUUGCUUGAACGAGCUCGCCUACAUUCUUCCCUACGCUAAUAAAAAUGGUUUGCUGGUUUUGCCACUCUUCUACGACGUCGUUCCUUCCCACGUGCGCCACCACACGGGUAGCUUCGGAGAAGCUUUGGAUACACAUGAAAACAGGUUCAAAGCUACGAGUCAGGGUUUUGAGCUUAACAUGGAGAAGCUCAACAAAUGGAAGAUGGCUCUGCGUGGAACAGCUAACUUAUCUGGCUAUCAUUUCAAACAUGGGGAGGAAUAUGAAUACGAGUUUAUCAAGAGGAUAGUUGACUUGGUCUCCAACAAGAUUAACCGUGCUCCUUUACACGUUGCGGAUUAUCCAGUUGGACUAGAGACUCGAGUGCUAGAAGUAAAGUUGCUUCUAGACAUAGGAUCUGAUGAUGGUGUCCACAUGGUAGGGAUCCAUGGACUCGGUGGAGUUGGUAAAACCACACUUGCUCUUGCAGUGUACAAUUCCAUCGCUGACCAUUUUGAAGGCUUGUGUUUCCUCGAAAAUGUGAGAGAGAAUUCAAACAAACAUGGCCUACAGCAUCUUCAAAGAAUCCUUCUUUCUCAAAUGAUUGGAGAAAAUAAUGUCAACAUAACUAGUGCGAGACAAGGGAUUUCAAUGAUGGAGCAUAGGCUACGACAGAAGAAGAUUCUCUUGAUUCUAGAUGAUGUUGACAAACAUGAACAGUUACAAGCAAUUGUUGGAAGACCUGAUUGGUUUGGUCCCGGCAGUAGAGUCAUCAUCACAACUAGGGACAAACAUUUGUUAUCAUGUCACUUGAUCGAAAAAUUAUAUAAAGUGAAGAAGUUGGAAAAGAACAAUGCUCUUCGACUGCUUAGUUGGAAAGCUUUCAGAACAGAAGAAGUUGAUACAAGUUAUUUGAAUGUAAUGGAUCGUGUACUAGCUUAUGCUUCUGGCCAUCCAUUGGCUUUGGAAGUAAUCGGUUCGAAGUUGUUUAGAAAAAGUGUAAAGGAAUGGGAAUCUGCCAUCAAACAGUACGAGAAAAUUCCUAACAAUCAAAUCCUUGAGGUGCUUAAAAUAAGUUUUGAUGCUUUAGAGGAAGUAGAGAAGAGUGUUUUUCUUGACAUUUCUUGUUGCUUCAAAGCAUAUGCAUUGUCAGAGGUGGAAGAUAUACUUCGUGCUCAUUAUGGUGAUUGCAUGAAAUAUCAUAUUGGGGUGUUGGUUGAAAAAUCUCUGAUAAAAUAUGGUUAUAAUUCUGUAGUUACAAUGCAUGACUUGAUAGAAGACAUGGGUAAAGAAAUUGUCCGGCAGAAAUCUCCAGAUAAGCCAGGGAAGCGCAGUAGAUUAUGGUCACCAGAAGAGAUAAUUAAAGUUUUGGAAGACAACUUGGGAAGUGGAGAAAUUGAAAUCAUAUGUUUAAAUUCCUCCUUACCUGACAAAGAAGAAAUAGUGGAAUGGAACAGAAAGGCCUUCAAAAAGAUGAAAAACCUCAAAACACUUAUCAUUAAAAAUGGUAAUUUUUCGGAAGGUCCUGAAUAUCUUCCGAAUAGUUUAAGAGUACUGGAAUGGUUGAAAUAUCCUUCACAAGGGCUACCGCCAGAUUUUCGUUCAAAGCAACUUUCCUUAUGCAAAUUACCUUCAAGUUGUUUUGGGUCACUCGGAUUGGCUGAGUUUUCAAAGAAGUUCAUGAAUAUGACUCUUCUGAAUUUUGACGAAUGUGAAGGUUUAACACAGAUACCUGAUCUAUCUGGGCUGCCAAAUUUAGAAAGAUUUUCAUUCAAGAAUUGUAAGAGUUUAAUUACAAUCCAUGACUCCAUUGGCUUCCUAGGUAAGCUUAACUCCUUGAAUGCUGUUGGUUGCAGCAAGCUUAGGAGUUUCCCCCCCCUCAAAUUGACUUCUCUGGAAAAUCUUGAACUUUCAUAUUGUUACAGUCUUGAGAGGUUCCCAGAAAUAUUAGGAAAAAUGGGACAGAUAACAGAACUUGUCUUGGAGGACUGUCACAUAAAGGAAUUGCCAAUUUCAUUUCAAAAUCUCACCGAGCUUCAAACAUUACAGUUGCGUUUGUGUCCAAGGUUAAGGUUACCUAGUAGUAUAGUCAUGAUGCCAAAACUGGCCAACAUUAUUGCUUGGGAAUCUAAAGGGUGGCUAUUUCCAAAACAGGUCGAGGGGGAAGAGAAAAUAGGCUCAAUGGUGUCUUCAAACGUAGAUUGUCUUUAUCUCCCAGGCUGCAAACUCUCAGAUGAUUUUUUCCCAAUAAUUCUUGAAUGGUUUGCUAAUGUAAAAGAUUUAGACCUAUCAAGGAAUAAUUUCACGGUUCUUCCUGAAUGUAUCGCCAAUUGUCACUUGUUAUGCAAGCUUACUUUGGAUGCCUGUGAUAGUCUUCGAGAGAUUAGAGGGAUUCCACCAAACAUACGACAGUUAUUAGCAAGAAAUUGUAAAUCCUUCACUUCUUCUUGCGGAAGAACUUUACUGAAUCAGAAACUGCAUGAGGCUGGAAACACCAUGUUUUCGUUUUCAGGAGCAAGGUUUCCAGAAUGGUUCGAUCACCACAGUCGGGGACCAUCUUGUUCUUUCUGGGUUGGCAAAAAAUUCCCUUCCAUUGCUCUUUGUAUUGCUAUUGGACCAACUCAUUUGGAACACGUUGAAAUUGUUGGACCUAUCAUGAUCAUCAACAGCAUUGAAUGUUCAUUUGAUGGGGAAGAGAAUCCUUAUUUAUAUAUGUUCCCUCAUCACACAUAUAUUUUCGAUUUGCAACAUAUAGUUUUUUCAGAUUAUCUAGACAGAUUUGUUUCAGAAAAUGAAUGGAACCACGUGGAGAUUACAUACUCAGUCGAGCAGAGAUUCAAGGAAAAAGACAAACAUGCGGUGACCCCAAUCUCUAUAGAAAAUGGAAUCUAUGUGUUCAAACAGAGGAGCAACAUGGAGGAUAUUCAAUUCACUGAUCCCCACAAAAAGAGAAGAUUAGAUGUUGAUCCAGAGUAGUAAAAACCACCCAUUGUAGAUUCAUGCAAGUGCAAGCUUGUAAAACAAAUUAAUUUCUUGCAGCAAUGCUGGAUAAUGAUUUGAAUUGAAA